CAUUGUCAGUGUCACUUGGCUGUCAUUUAUAAAUAAAAGUUUUGUUUUGUUGUAUUUGUGGGUGUUUCAAAGGGUUUAUUAGUUCAAAGGGUUUUAGAUUUAUUAUUUAUGUAAAUGUUAAUGUAAAAAUGACUGCAGACACUGUAGAUAAUUCAACUAAAACCUUUAAAUAUUCAUUCCCCACAUGUACCAAUGAGGAUGUGUUCUUUAAACUGGAGGUCCCCGUCCAAAUACCUCACGAGGGUUCCAUACGCGAGCUGGUGCAGCGAGUCAUCAAUAUGUUCCACAUACCGGUCUACUUAGAAGACGAUUUAAAUGAGAAACUAGCAGAAUUUGUAGCUGUAGAAACAAAGAAUUUCCACAAUGACAGGGAUGAAAAGUUGUUGGACCAACUCAAAAAUAGUGAGAUCAAUGUGGAGGGGAUCAUUAAAAGCUGGGAGAAACUGUUCAAAGAAAAUGUGAUGGAGUUUGCUGAACAGAAGGGCACUUCUGACGAGGAAGUGUUUGCAGCGGCGUACCACAAGUUGGUGCACUCGCCAGCCUUAGAGACUAUAUUGCAAGUGGAGAACUCUUAUGCCCACACGGUUAUGAACAUGUUGAAGAACCGAGAUGAGGAUAUUGAGAAGCUCACACAGAGACAGACAGAAGAGAUGGAGGAAAAGAUGCGUCUCCUGAACACGUCGACGACGGAGGAGGACAUCAACGAGCUGGCUGGCAGGCAGUUCGAGGAGCAGGCGCUGGUGGCGGGCCGCUGGGGCUCGCAGCUGGACGCGCUGUGCCAGGCGCAGCGGGCCCACCACCGCGCCUGGCUCAUGGCCACCCUCGACCAGUACCAAACUACCUCUGAGCUCAACACGCCCAGUAAUUCUCCCCUCGCAACGUUCUCGCCCGAGCGGCUGCUGACACCGGCGGCGGUGCCUCACCAGCGCAUGGAGGAGAGCUUCACCAUCCACCUGGGUAGCCAGCUCAAGCAGACGCACAACAUACGCAUCGUCGCCAUGGACCUCAUGGACCUGUGCAACGUCGACUAUGUUGACAACCCGAGCGAGGCGUCGCGGCGGCUGCAGACGUCGCUGGCGCUGUACUCGGCGGAGCUGGCGGGCGUGGUGCUGCUGGCGGACGCGCCGCCGCGCCCGCCCGCCGCGCUGCUGCGCGCCACCGCGCGCUCCGCCGACCACCACUUCGCGCCGCUCGACUUGCAGCUGCGCGACAUCGCCGACAGGGUCAAGGAGCCGGUGGCGGCCCGCAACGCUCAGCGGCAGCGGGAGCAGCCGGGCGGCGGGCGGUCAGGGGGCAGCCAGCGGCUGGCGGCCGGUGAUGUGUUCGUGACGCGGCACAGCAACCUCGCCGACGUCCACCUCGUGUUCCACCUCGUCGCCGACGACGACAGCCUGCGAUCUGGCGACAUCACGUCUCGUCAUCCCGCUAUACUGGGGCUACGCAACAUCCUGAAGGCGGCCUGCUGCAACGACGUCACCACCAUUUCACUGCCGCUCCUGUUACGACACGACCUCUCGGAGGAGACGACGGCGGCGUGGUGCAGCCGGCGCGCGGAGCUGGUGCUGAAGUGCGUGAAGGGCUUCGUGCUGGAGGCGGCGGGCUGGGGCGGCGCGGCGCUGCGCACGCUGCAGGUGGCCGCGCCGCCCGCCGCCGCGCCCGCGCUCUUCGCCGCGCUCGCCGCGCUGCUGCCCGCCAUCUUCCGCAUCUCCAACCCGGUCAAGGCCAAGCCGCGCCCCACCUAGCCCACCUAGCCCACCCAGCCCUCGCCCGCGUGCCGACGACGCCAGCUCGGUUCCCUCUUCUUCUUCCUACCCGUACCCCAAUUAUUAUAAGGAGUCAACAUAUCUUUUAUCCAUAUUACAAAAACAUUUGGCUUAGUUUGACGACCGGCCGUCUGCCUGACGUCAACCCUCUUUGCAAAUUGAACCAGGUCGGUUGACUCGUGACGAAUUUAGAAAGAAUCUAUCACGACGGUACUUAGAGAUGCUGCUGCCGAGCACGAGGCGGUCUCCUCUGAAAACUGUCGUGGUCAAUUUAUAAUAAAUCCGUAACGCUUGGGUCACCUGUCAUCCCCCACCGAUAACCUCGCCUGCAUAAAUCAGCAGUACAAGCGGGGUUAUCACUCCGAUUGCAUUAAAAGAAGAAGAGAAUGAGAUGAUAGUUUUUUGAUAUCAUACAUACAUAAAUACAUUCCUUAUAAACUGAAUAUCUAAUAAAUACAUUUAAUGAAAUUGAUAGGAAUAUAAUUAAGUAUACUUUAAUAAAAAAAAUUAUGUAAAUAUAAAUUAUAAUUAAAUUCUAUAUUCUUUUGA